CCGCUCCUCUGCCCAGUCCGCCGCGUCCUCCUCCGCGGAUCACCGGCCAUGCCUCAACAUCGUCACUCCCGGUCCGUGCCUCCCACCAUGACCUCCGCCGCCGCCGCGGCCGUCUAGACCUCUCCGCCCGCCCGUACACGUACUAUUACACGUACACGGCUCGCCGGAGCAGCGCACCAGCGCCGCCUCCGCCGCCGCCAUGGCGCAGGCCAGUCCUUCCGCCGGGGCCUUUGCCUCGUUGCGCCAACCGCCGCAACAGCACCAAGAAUAUCUCAUGACCAUCUCGGCCACGCCUAAUCAUUACGAUCCUCACCAACAACAACACCACCACAUCGCCGCCCGCACCGAGCUCGCCUGCAUCUUCGGCCUCCUCAUCAUCGUCGUCGCCCUGCGCACGCGCCUCACCAUCGGCCGCGCCCUCCGCGCCUUCCACCGGCCCGCCAACCUCUGGCUCCUCGCCCACAUCGCCAUCAGCUUCUUCGAGCUCGGCCGGCUGCAGUGGCGCGCGCUCGGCGGCCAGCCCGUCCACCCGACCCUCUGCGACCUCGCCCUGGGGCUCGCCCACUGCUUCUCCAGCUACCAGGUCCUCCUGCGCCGCACGCGCGCCGGCUACAAGGACCUCAUCCCGCUCGGCUUGCGCAUCCAGCCUUUCCUGUUCCGCCUCGUCACCACGAUCCUCGCCUUUUUCCUGAGUUCGCCCUCGCUGCACCGGGCCAACAUCCGCCUGGGCUUCGACUCGUUCCUCUACGCCCGCCUCCUCAUCUUCUCGUGCACAAAGCUCUCCCCCGUCGCCCUCGGCCCGCGCACGCUGCACACCGCGGCUGCCGUGCUCGGCGGGUUCCUCGCGACGUACGACUCCGGCUUCCGGCACGGCUCGCCCGCGUACGUCGUCUGCUCGGCCGUGUCUAUACUGCUCGAUGGCCGGACGGCCCAGUUCAUGGCCCGGCUAAGCGACACACCAAACUCUCCCACUACUGCCACCACUACUGGCACCCCGUCGACCAGAACCGCCCGCGAGACACUAUCCCCCGGCCUGCAGCGGUACAUUAGGAUCCUGCUGUGCAUAAAGGCCGUGGUACGAGCCAUCGAGGGCCCAGAGCGAACCCACCAGCCGCUGAAGCUGCCGCUGCCCGAUGGGAAGAAGGGGCCGGGUCCGCCGGAUCGAAUGGGCCGGGUUGCCAAGGUCUCACGCUGUUGACCUUGUGCCACGUCGCAUGUCUUUCCUUGUAGCCAUUCUAAUACAAUUAUUUUUUUAACCA